AUGGCAAGCAUCGCUGGGACGCCCGCGAGCUUGGCCGCGACCUUUGGCCUCGUCGCGCGGUUCCUCAAGGACGACGACCAUAGCGCUUGUCGCAUUGCCUCCAAAGCGAUCGAUGGUCUCUAUAGAGACUGCGGUCGCCAGUUGCCUGCCUGCAGCGCACGCGUCCGGCGACAGAUCUUGGAUGCCAUCACGACGCACGCCCACACGUUGCCAAAGAAGGUGCGAUGGCCGUCAAAAGUCAUAGCAGCGUUGGCCAACGACCUCUUCCUCGUCGUCACCGGCGUCCGCACCGGGUGUCUUGACCUCGCGGGUUGCGACCUCAUACGGGCUGUCUACCUCGACGAUGACCUCUUCUUCGUUCAUGCACCUAUCCUCUGCCGCACGCUCGUCAAGGACUUGGCGUCGUGUUGGGCAAGCCGAUUGUGCAUCGACGUCACGCCCUCCUCCUCGAGCACUGCACCGACGAUCCUAAGCCCACCACCGUUGACACUGGCGGCGUUCGCGUCCACGCUCGUCACAGCGCUCACGUGGUCGACUUCACCUCAUCGCGUCUUUGCGCUGACGCCGCUCUUGCAGCGUUGUCUUUCGCCUAGUCCGAUCGCGAUCGCGGGGCUUCUGUUAGACUAUCCGGUGCUCUACUGGCACGCAAACCCGCGCGCCGUGCGUGGCAACACGCUAGGCCUGGUGCCACUCGUGCUCUACCGCGUGACCCUCGACGUCGAGGGUGCGACGCUCUCGGUGGCGCAGUUCAGCGCGCCGCAAGCGCUCCAUAGGGCGCGAGUGCUUCGCGCACGCUGCCGCCGUCGCACGCCGUCGGGACAGCUCCUCUGCGUCGUCUCGAGUCCUUGCGUGCUCGCAAGUGUGUCCCUCUAG